GGACAUGUGAGGUAUAAAACAUUGGUAUUAGAAGACUAUCUUGUGUCCGCUCCUGCUUUUCACCGCGGGGAGAACAUUGUUGGUCAUUCUGAAAAUUGCACGGUCUCGAGCAAGACAUUGUAACAGCGGGUUCUUGUAGCAUUCCUCCCCUGCAUGUGCGCUAGCUGACAGGGGUGUACCAUAAAUCUAGUCCCGUGUACAGCACCGUUAAUAUUUCUACUUGCGGACACUACACUGUCACACCAGACAGACAGACUGGCCGCGGCGACUGGGAACGUUCGAUCACAAGGUUUCCUAUCCAUCUACUAACUACACUGAUGUGGGUAUAGUAGUCUGGGUGAGUGACAAGACCAUUGAAAAGAAACAGACAAUAUGAGUAGUACCAAAAGGAAAGCAGAAGGGCACUCUAGGAACAUGGGCAAACUACGAGCCAUGAAGUCUGGAAGCUCCAGAACAGACUCAGAGAGAGACUCUGGCUUCUCAGAUGCCAGCACCAUAGACCCGACAGAUUCUGAGGGCUCAUCGCACUCGGUGUCCAAGAGAGAGGUUCAGCGCCCUGGAUCAGUUUUGGGGGCACAGUCCUCACAGCUAGCUGUGGUGGGGGGGUCCUACUCCAACAUGCCCCCCAUGAUCAUCCAGCAGCCUCAGGUGGUCUUCCUACAACCUGUGGUCUCCCACUGCACCACCUCCAACCCCAAGGAGGCCUCCUCUAAACACCGGCGCCCAAAAAAGUUUCUUCCCAUCCUCAGGUCCUACCCCAAGAUUGCCCCUCACCCUGGGGACAGCUCGAGUUCCUCUGGGAGAGGAAGCUCUUGUUCGUCGGGGUCAGAGAGAAGCGGUUUGUCCUCCAGCCACCGGGAGCGCCAUCACAGCCACAGAGACAAACAGCAGAAGCAGCAGUCUGGUAGUUCUAGCUCAGGUUCUUCUGGUUCCAGCACCCUCAGUUUCCCUCCUCCAACUAGCUCUCUGUCCCCCUCUCCCCAGCGCAGGCUCGCCCUCACCCUCUCCCUCACAGACUCCAGUGCCUGUAGCAGCCCUGCUAGACCCUCCCCCGCCGUCAGUAGAUCAGAGUACACCCCCGCCCCGUCCUUGACCGUAACUCCUUCUCACACCCUCAACUUUGGGCACCCUGAGAAACUCAAGUCCCAGCCUCUUUCCCUCCCAAAUCACGCCACCACAACUGGCGAUGGAGAUGACCACGACAUCAAGCGUAAGCGCUUCUGCAACACGUACAACAUCCUGUCCAAGUCUGGCCUGCUGGACAUCACCCUAAGAACCAAGGACCUGCUCCGUCAGAACCGCAGGACCCAGGGAGACCUGGACCGGCUCAAGGAGCACACCAACCUCUUCCUGCAGGCCCUGCAGACCGGAGACACCAGCAUCUGGCGCAAGCUGCAAACCAGCCUCCAGGAAGAAGAGAAAGAGACCGAAGAGAAAGGGAAGGGCAGUGGGCAGCAGAGCAUCUUAAAGGCAGAUACAGAUUAGACCUGGACUAAGUAAAAGCAGGGUUUCAUCUGUUAGAUUGGGACUGAGUUGAGGUGGGGGAGGCUGGGACUUGGGCUGACUGAGGAAGCUGGACCGACAGUAAUAUGAUCACACAAACAGACAGUUACUCUGACCAUGUCUCCCUGCACUGCUGCCUGGUUCAGCUACCCUAAACAAGGCCAGGCAAACUCCCUCUACACACUAGCCUGCCUGCUUUACCCUAAACCAGGCCAGGCAUAUUCCUGGUAAACACUGUAGCCUGCCUGCCUUACCCCCCAAAUCAGGCCAGGAUGGAUGGGAGGCUUCUGUAUGAUAUGAAAUCGCUCUAUUCCCUAUAUAGUGCACUACCUUGACUCUAUAUAGUGCACUACUUUGAUCCUAUGUAUAGCGUAUGGGGAAUAGGGUGGUGGACAUUGCAUUCUCUCUUUUCUGUUGUACCCAGCCUGGCUCGCCUUCUUCCUGUCAAACCACCUUCCUGCUUCUUAGAAGAAGUCUUGUUGUGCUCUGAGUAUCUCUGAGAUAAGCCCUAGGGGACUUUUUUACUGGAAGCUGAAAUUGCCCACCACUUGACACUUAUAGCCGUCAUCGUGAUGAGUAAAAUAGGCCUAUAUUGAAGAAGGCUUGCAUGGUAUAGUUAGUAAGAGUGCUGGGUACCUGAAUUAAACCCAACAAAACCACACGUUUUUCAUGAAAAUAUAUGGUGUUAAUUUAGGCUCAAACAAAUAUGUUUAGUGAUAUGUUUUACAAUACCCACUGGGCACACACUGGUUGAAUCAAGGUUGUUUAAAUUACGUGGAACCAAUGUGGAGUAGGCGUUGAAUUGACGUCUGUGCCCAGUGUGUAGCCACUUAUACAGUAGGUUUCCACUGGAGCACGUGUAAGGGGAAUGGAAAGCAAGCAGCACAGAAUUAUUUUUUUCCCUCGUGAAUUCAUGGACUAAAGACAGUGAUUUACAUAGACUCCUUUAGGACUCUAGUGAGGAUACUGUUCAUCAAAGCAUUUUUUUUAUACAACAAAGACUAAUGAAAGUCCCUCAAAUGGAAAUGCUUUAUCCAAAAGCAGAAUUUUAUUUAAAACAUUUUAUUGUAUUUGCAUUCAAAUAAUUAGCAGGUAGUUCCAAAGGAAUUUCUAUGGAGCGUUGCUUCUUUUCUCCAAGGCAGAAAUGAAGAUUAAUUUGAGAACAUCGAACCUGCAUAGCUUAUUUUUUUUGCAAAAGGGAUGUUUUUUAUUGAUAGUUUCAAUCGCUGUCCUUUUAGUCGAUGUUCAUUUAAGUAUAAAUAUAAGCGUGUUUACUGUGCUGAACCAAGCGCUUAUAACAUAUACUUCUCUUCAUAAAAUGAAUGCCUUGAAAUAAAUAUAAAAUGGUGUGGGAAGUUACUCCCAAGUAAGACUACGUUGGCACUACGUUGGCACUACUUAUCAUAAGAUUAAGUUAUUUUUUUAUCUGUUGUUAUUUGUGUUUUGUAAUAGAUACACCAACAUACAGUAUCUCUCUCCAAUGUUUGGUCAUUCAUGGCCUUAUUUAGACAAUUGAUUAUGUGGUGUCAAGGACAAAAACAAAUUAGUUCUCUAUACGAUGAUAGACUCUCAGACACACCUUAGUGCCACAUCUUGACAUUUUGUCCUGCAAAGCAUCUUUAAUGGUUUGUGUGCCUCAGAGUUGUUACAGAUACAACGAAUGUGAUAUCAUUUGCUAAUUUGCUAGAUGUUAUCUUGUGUAAAUACUAGUAAUAGGCCUCAGGUCAGCCAUUUUAAAAUGUGAGCUUCCUGAAUUUGUCAUCUUUAAGAACUGAAUAAGACAUGUGUUUGCUUGUUACCACCGUUUGAAUAGGUGAAAAGUGUAAAUGUUUGCUAUUGUUGAUUGGAUACAUAUAUUGAAACUUGACUCAAAUUGGGAGUCUUGUAUUUAAAUGUUGGCAGCUUUUUUUGUAUUAUUUUACUCUGCCUUCUUAUCGCAAAGACAUCAAUUAAUUGUGAUUGUAUUUCUCAAUGUUUCAGUAGCACAUUGGUAAUAGCUUGUGAUUGAUGACAAAUGGUUCAUAGCCCAAUGUUUUUCUAUUACUAUUCUUCUUUAAAUUAUACAGUACCAGUCAAAAGUUUGGACACACCUACUCAUUCAAGGGUUUUUCUCUAUUUGACUAUUUUCUACAUUGUAGAAUAAUAGUGAAGACAUUACAACUAUGAAAUAACACAUUCAAUCAUGUAGUAACCAAAAAAGUGUUAAACAACAAAAAUAUUUUAUAUUUGAGAUUCGUUAAAGUAGCCACACUUUGCCUUGAUAACAGCUUUUUACAGUCUUGGCAUUCUCUCAACCAGCUUCAUGAGGUAGUCACCUGGAAUGAAUUUCAAUGAACAGGUGUGCCUUGUUAAAAGUUCAUUUGUAGAAUUUCUUUCCUUUUUAAUGUAUUUGAGCCAAUCAGUUUGUUUUGUGACAUGGUAUCGGUGUUAUACAGAAGAUAUUUGGUAAAAGACCAAGUCCAUAUUAUGGUAAGCAAAGAGAGUUCAUUAGAGUUACCAAUCUCAGAAAUUGCAGCCUAAAUAAAUGCUUCACAGAGUUCAAGUAACAGACACAUCUCAACAUCAACUGUUCAGAGGAGACUGUGUGACUCAGGCCUUCAUAGUUUAAUUGCUGCAAAGAAACCACUACUAAAGGACACCAAUAAUAAUGAGACUUGCUUGGGCCAAGAAACACCAGCAAUGGACAUUGGACCGGUGGAAAUCUGUCCUUUGGUCGGAUGAGUCCAAAUUUGAGAUUUUUGUUUCCUACCGCCGUGCCUUUGUGAGACCCAGAUAGGUGACCAGAUUAUUUCUGCAUGUGUGGUUCCCACCGUGAAGCAUGGAGGAGGUGUGAUGGUGUGGGGGUGCUUUGCUGGUGACACUUGAUUUAUUUAGAAUUCAAGGCACACUCAACCAGCAUGGCUACCACAGAAUGUUGCAGCGAUACGCCAUCCCAUCUGGUUUGAGCUUAGUGGGAUUUGAUUUUCAACAGGACAAUGACUCAACACACCUCCAGGCUGUGUAAGGGCUAUUUGACCAAGAAGGAGAGUUAUGGAGUGCUGCAUCAGAUGACCUGGCCUCCACAAUCACCCAACCUCAACCCAAUUGAGAUGGUUUGGGAUGAGUUGAACCGCAGUGAAGGCAAAGCAGCCAACAAGUGCUCAGCAUAUGUGGGAACUCCUUCAAGACUGUUGGAAAAGCAUUCCUCAUGAAGCUGGUUGAGAGAAUGCCAAGAGAGCAAAGCUGUCAUCAAGGCAAAGGUUGGCUACUUUGAAGAAUCUAAAAUAUAUUUAGAUUUGUUUAACACUUUUUUGGUUACUACAUGAUUCCAUGUGUGUUCUUUCAUAGUUUUGAUGUCUUGACUAUUUUCUACAUUUUCUAGUGAAGAUAAAGAAAAAACCCUUGAAUGAGUGGCUGUGUCCAAACUUAUAACUGGUACUAUACAUUUUCUAAAAGGAUGGACCUUGAAAACACUCUUUUUGCAGCUAAACAAAUCAGAGCAUCCUUCAGUUUGAACGAUGAUCAGUAAAUGCAUUAUCUGUGUUUGUGUUGCUGAAGAUAACAUUUUUGUACUUUUUUUAAGAUACAUUGCUUGCUUAAUAAACUUUAUUUCAAGGAACAUGA